UGACACCAAAACAAAACGUCACAUUACGCGACGGCAGGGUCGCAGCCUUGUUUAGUUCUGAAGCCGCAGCUUCUCCGGUUCAGAUAUUCUUCUUUUCUGUUAAUAUAAACGCAAACAUGUCGACUGCUAUGAAUUUCGGCACGAAGAGUUUUAAACCUCGGGCUCCGGAUAAAGGCUCCUUCCCUCUGGAUCAUUUCGGAGAGUGUAAGGCCUUCAAGGAGAAGUUCAUGCAGUGCCUGAGGGAAAACACCUUUGACAACUCAAAGUGCCGGCUGCAGUCCAAAGACUAUCUGGAAUGCAGGAUGGAUCAUCAGCUCAUGGUCAGGGAGCCUCUGCAGAAACUGGGAUUCAAGGACUUGAUGGAUCCUCCUCCCAGCCAAGAGGGAUCCAAACCCUGACCCGGUGUCGUUUCCACCUGGAGUCUCUGUGGACUCAAAGUAUCCACCUUCAUGUUGGGACGCCCUCCGGAAUCACACGUAUGGUAGAGAGACUGCAGUGUGAAGCGAAGAAGGGCUUAAGGACUGGGAAUGGAGGCCGUGGAAGCGGACAUUGUGUUGAGAUAUGCGACUACGGAUUAUAAAAUUAUGUGCUGCAUAAACAGAAAGUGCUUAAUAUAAA